CUUCCCACUCCUCACUCUCACUUCCACACUCCCACUCUCUCUCCUCUCUCAAUCAUGGUUGCUCACUCUCGCCUCCCCCUGCUCGUCCUCCUCUCACUCCUCACCGUCGUCUCCGCCCACAACAUCACCGACAUUCUCGCCGCCGACCCGCAGUACAGCGACUUCAACAACUUCCUCACCCAAACCAGACUAGCAGACGAAAUCAACACGCGCCAGACCAUCACCGUGCUCGUUCUCAACAACGCCGCAUUCUCCGCCGUCGCCGACAAGCACCCCCUCUCCGUCGUCAAAAACCUCCUCAGCCUCCACAUCCUCCUCGACUACUUCGACAACACCAAACUCCACCAAAUCACCAACGGCACGACGCUCUCAACCACGCUCUACCAAACCACUGGCACUGCCAACGGCAACGUCGGAUCGGUCAACAUCACCGAUCUUAAAGGUGGCAAAGUCGGCUUCGGCUCCGCGGCCUCAGGAUCCAAGCUUGACUCGACCUACACCAAAUCGGUCAAACAAAUCCCCUACAACAUCUCCGUCAUCGAAAUCAGCGCGCCUAUAAUCGCGCCGGGGAUACUGGCGGCACCUCCUCCGUCAGCUGACCUAAACAUUACGGCUCUUAUCGAGAAAGCUGGAUGCAAAACAUUCGCCUCACUCAUCUCCACUAACGGACUGGUUAAAACAUUUCAGUCAACGGCGGACAAAGGUUUGACUAUUUUCGCACCUAAUGAUGAAGCUUUCAAGGCGCGUGGCGUACCUGAUUUGAGCAAGCUCACCAAUGCCGAAGUCGUCUCGCUCUUACAGUACCACGCUACCGCCAAGUACCUUCCGGUUGGAUCUCUCAAAACCACCAAAGACGCCAUCAACACGUUAGCCUCCAACGGCGCCGGGAAAUACGACUUCACCGUUUCCUCCGCCGGCGACUCUCUAACGAUCCAUACCGGCGUCGACUCCUCCAGAAUCGCCGACACUGUUCUAGAUUCCACUCCGCUCUCUAUUUACUCCGUCGACAACGUUCUCCUUCCUCCGGAGCUUUUCGCUACGUCGCCGUCGCCCGCUCCGGCCCCGGAACCAGCUAGCUCGCCUUCUCCAUCUUCGGCACCAACUCCUGCGGAAGCGCCUUCGCCACUUCCAGCGUCUCCCCCGGCUCCUGCGGGAGACACUCCAGCUGGCUCGCCGGCGGACGCGCCGUCAUCUGCGGCUGAGCGGAGCACCUCCGCCGGCAAGAGUAGCGGUGUUCACGUGAAAGCUUCUGCGGUUCUCACUGUUACAGUGACUGCUUUGUCGGCUUUGUUGAUUUCCACUACUUUUAUGUAAUUUUAAUAGUUUUUGUUUUGUAAGUGUUUGAGUUUUUGCCUUUUUUUUUCCCGAUUAUGAUUGGACGGGGGAGUUUGGUUUAUUUAUUUUUUAUCUUAUAAAUUAAAUUAGGCAUGUGAUGUACGACGUGGUAGUGCGGUAUUUUAUUUUAGGUUUUUUUAUUUAAUUUAAUUUUUGAGUUAUUUAUGAAGAUUGUGGUGGUUGUA